AUGUCCCUUUCUCGCACAGAUUCUGAAGCAUCCUUCAUCCUCGUGGACGACACUGCAGCCCCGCAAGCUUCACCCCUUCCCCGACCGCACCCUAACGAGACUUUCGCCCAUGAUUGGUCUUCGUCUGGGACAGGCGGAAAGCUCUACAUACACGGACGCCAUAUCCUCGACGCCUACGGACGGGUAUGCAACCUCCGUGGAGUGAAUUUGUCUGGGAACUGCAAAACGCCAGUGAAUCAUGACCACGACUCGUUUCCUGCCAACCAUGCCGACGUGACAUUCGUCGGACGACCCUUUCCCCUCGAACAAGCCCCAGACCACUUCGCUCGCCUUCGAAAAUGGGGCCUGACAUUCGUCCGUUUCCUCGUAACAUGGGAGGCUGUCGAACAUACCGCUCCCGGCGUUUACGACACCGAAUACCUCGACUACGUCCACGCGCUGCUCUCGCUCAUGCCACAGUUCGGGCUCGUCGCCUUCGUCGCUCUCCACCAGGACGUGUGGUCGCGCUACUCCGGCGGCUCCGGCGCACCCGCGUGGACCCUCGAGGCCGUCGGUUUCGACCUGCACGGACUGGAGGAGCCUGGGGCGGCGUGGCUCCGCGGCGUGCGUGGCGGCGGGCACACGGAGGAGGAGCGUGGACUGUGGCCGUGUGGAUACCAGAAGCUGGCAGCGGCGACCAUGGCGACGUGUUUCUGGGCGGGAGACAUGUUCGCGCCGAAGCUCAAGGUCAAGGGGAAGGACGGGAAGGAGGUGCCAGUGCAGGAGUUCCUUCAGGGUGCGUUCCUGGAUAUGUGGGCCACUGUUGCAGCGAAGCUGGGGGAUCUGGAGGCCGUGCUCGGCUUUGAGAUCAUGAACGAACCCCAUCGAGGAUACAUCGAGCUGCAGUCCAUGCACAGCUUUGACUACAACACCGACCUCCACCUGGCCCACGUCCCCACCGCGUUUCAGUCCUUCAUGCUGGGUGCUGGACAUCCUACAGCUGUCGGCCACUGGACACGCUCUUUCCCGGUGCCAACGCGUCUCACGUCGCACAAAGUUAUCAACACUGCAGGUCAGAAAGCAUGGCGUGAGGAUGGGCCGACGAAGGGCAAGUGUCUCUGGGAGGUCCACGGCGUGUGGGGAUGGGAUGAGACGAAGAACGAGGGGGUCGUGCUCCGCGAGAACUACUUCAAGCGAGACCCGCAAUCUAGUCGAGAGAUCGACUGGUACACGGAUUUCUUCUACCCGUUCCUCAACCGGUGGGCGGAGCGUGUUCGUAGUGUUUCCUCGCCAGAGAAAGUUAUCCUGGCCGAGUCCAUCCCGAACGAGUUCUGCCCGGAGUCAUGGACAAAGGAUCGUCGGCCACCCAACAUGAUCUACGCUCCUCAUUGGUACGACUUGAACGCCUUAUUCCUGAAGGCGUUCAGCGACUUCUCCGUCAACGUUCAAGGACUGUCUCGGGGCAUGUUCCCGCUGAAGGGUUUCUACUGGGGCCAGAAGGGCGCGCGGGACAACUUCUCGCUGCAAAUCCGUAAUAUAGUUGAGGCUGGCUACCAGGCCCUUGGCGAAACUCCCAUCAUUAUCGGAGAGUGUGGUAUACCCAUGGACAUGAACAAGAAGGAGGCAUUUGAGACCGACAGGUGGCACUGGCAGAUGAAGAUGAUGGAUGCCAUGAUCACUGCGUUGGAGCGUUCUCUUGUCGGUUUCACUUUGUGGAAUUACAACCCAGACAACGACGACCACACCGGUGACGACUGGAAUGGCGAGAACUUUUCAUGGUUCUCCCAGAAGCGCGCUCUGCCAUCGUCGUGGCUCGACCACGCUCAAACGUCGCCCACACUCGACAACGGCGGACGCAUCCUCCGCGCCGUCGUGCGCCCCUACCCCGCCAAGACCGCCGGCGUCCCCCUCAAGUUCGAGUAUGAGAUCAACACCGGCACGUUCACGUACGAGUGGGCCGUCCCGUCGUCGCCGUCGUCACCAUUUGCCCCCUCCGCCGGGCCAGCUGUCGCCACCCCGCCGCGCACGGGUCUGCCCGCCCCAACGACGAACCGGACGGAGAUCUUCGUCCCCGCGACGCUCUCCGAGGGCCGGACGCUCCUCGUCCGCGGGCUGGCCUCGACGGAGUGGGCGCACGACGCCGCGCGGCAGACGCUCAUCCUCGCGCCGGCGGCGGUGCGCAACACGCCGGGGACGGUACACCGGGUGACGGUGCUGGUGUCGCCGGAGCCGAAGGACACGUUCGUGCUGAACGACUUCUGGGACGACUGGGGCACGCACGUCAUCCUCGCGGGUGCAGCGAGCGUGGCGCUCGUGGCGGUUUUGGUGCUGUGUUUGCAGGGGAUGUUGUAG